GUGAGCUCGGGUCAGGUGGUCCGCUCUCUUGGCCUCAUCAGGUCUCUUCAUUAACGGCCUGGCAGCUGUCCGAUGGAGCAGAUAUCAUCCCGGCAGGUAAACUGAGCCCGGUUAUCAGCAGACAGGUGUGUAACUGUAGUCUGCAAGCUGCUGCAAAUCACAGCAGGAGGCGUUUCCACUCAUGGAGAGACGCUGGCCCUCGUCUCAGCUCGAUGUGGAGCUCUCCUGCCCCCUGCUGGACACCCGUUCAUCAGUGCAGCUUUAAUUAAGAAUCCACACUUGGGUGAAAUGAAGUUACCUGAGAGUCGGACUGAACUCUGAGUGACCCGCCCUCCCUGCACCUCCAUUAAUUAUUCCUGGACCAAUCGCAGAGGACGGCUCGGUGACAGCUUGAUGUCCGUCCAGCGUUCAGACGAUGUCCACGCUGAUAAAAAGCAGGACAGGUUUCACCUCAAAGACGUUUUGUGACGUCCGACUGGCAAACAAACCUUUAAGACUCUGAAACGGCCCGCCGACAGCAGGAAGGCGCGAGGAAGACGGAUUUGAAUGAGUCUGCAUCAUGUAAAGCAGGUCUGUGGAGGAAAGUUCGUUCCUCCAUCACUCGGCCACAGAACGAAGCUUCUCUGUUUACACUCGACGCUGCGUCAAAUCCACAUUUCUGGGAAAAGUUUGGCCAUCACAGCGCAGAUUAUUUGGACAGCCAGAGAGACAUUUUAGAGGCCGACUCUGCAGGCUUUCAUGUUGGCUCGCCUGAACAGAAAUCACAAACAGAUGAACGACUUGGGCUGCAGCGGAGGGAGGACGAAUGAGGCUUUUAAUCGGCAGCGACGGCUACAACUGGCCGCCUCGGCCUGCAGCUGCACGGGGAGCACUCAGACCUGUAACGCCAGGUGAGGUCGGCGUGACGACACGACGCCGUGCAGUUUGCCGCUGCAGAGGGAGGAAACAAAUGGUAACCAGCAGAGCGGCAGCAAGAGGCAGAGCAACACUGAAUGAGGAAGAGCUUCAACGUCACACUGAAGAAAUGAAACUGAACGUCUGUCAGAGGGGCAGCGACACAGCGUUUGAGACAAGUCUCCGUUCAUCAGGUCUUGUGUGUGUUUAGAUAUGGCUGCUGCUAAAUAUGUGCCAUCUGAAGACCAGUUUCUGUGCUCCAUCUGUCUGGAUGUCUUCACUGAUCCAGUCACCACAUCAUGUGGACACAACUUCUGCAAAACCUGCAUCACUGAGCACUGGAACACCAGUGAUAUGUGCCAGUGUCCCAUGUGUAAAAAGGUUUUCAACACAAGACCUGAGCUGUACAUCAACACCUUCAUCUCUGAGAUGGUUGCUCACUUCAGACGGUCAGCUCAACAGGAAGCCAGCAGCAGCUCAGAGGAACAAGUUUUCAAACUAGCAGAAGUUCCUUGUGACGUCUGCACUGAAACCAAACUGAAGGCCCUGAAGUCCUGCCUGGUGUGUCUGGUCUCCUACUGUGAGAUUCACCUGGAGCCUCACCUGACAUUGUCAGGCCUGAAAAGACAUCAGCUGAUUGACCCUGUGGAGAACCUGGAAGACAGGAUGUGUAAGCAGCACGAUAAACCUCUGGAGCUCUUCUGUAAGACCGACCAGAUGUGUGUCUGCUUGCUCUGCACUGUUUUAGACCACAAGACACAUGAAGUUGUUCCUCUGAAAGAAAUAUAUGAAGAAAAGAAGGCAGAGCUGAGGAAGACAAACACUGAACUUCAGCAGAUGAUCCAGGAGAGACGACUGAAGAUUCAGGAGGUCAAACACUCAGUGGAGCUCAGUAAGGAAGGUGCAGACAGAGAGACAGCAGAAGGUGUUCAGGUCUUCACUGCUCUAAAGGAGUGUGUUGACAGAAGCCUGGACGAGUUCAUCAAGACGAUAGAAAAGAAGCAGAAAGCAACAGAAAAACAGGCAGAAGGUUUCAUCAAAGAUCUGGAACAGGAAAUCUCUGAGCUGAAGAAGAGAAGCUCUGAGGUGGAGCAGAUCUCAAACUCUGAAGACCACCUCCACCUUCUCCAGAGUGUUGACUCUCUAAACAUCAACCACCCACCAUCCACCAGGGUUUGGUCUGAGGUCAGCGUCCGUCCAGCAUCGUAUGAGGGGACUGUGGUGAGAGCUGUGUCUCAGCUGGAGGAGACACUCAGUAAAGAGAUCAAGAUGCUGCUUGAAGCUGAUCUGAAGAGGGUCCAGCAGUAUGCAGUGGACGUGACUCUGGAUCCUGACACAGCACAUCCCAGUCUCAUCCUGUCUGAUGAUGGGAAACAAGUAAGGCCCAGUAAGGUAAAGAAGAGCCUCCCAGACAACCCGGAGAGGUUUUCUCUCAAUCCCUGUGUUUUAGGAGAGCAGAGUUUCUCCUCAGGCAGAUUUUACUUUGAGGUUCAGGUUAAAGGACUGACUGCGUGGGAUUUAGGAGUGGCUGCAGAGUCAAUCAACAGGAAGGAAGACAUCCCACUGAGCCUUGAAGAUGGAUACUGCACGAUAUGGCUGAGAAAUGGAGCUGAGUAUGAGGCUCUUGAUGACCCUCCAGUCCGUCUCUCUCUGAGGUCUCAGCCCCAGAAGGUGGGGGUGUUUGUGGAUUAUGAGGAGGGUCUGGUCUCCUUUUAUGAUGUUGAACUUCCAGCUUUGAUCUACUCUUUUACUAUCUGCUUCUCCACCGAGAAACUCUUCCCGUACUUCAGUCCAUGUGAUAAGUCCUCUGCACCUCUGAUCAUCUGUCCUGUCAGAGUGAACUAAUCAGUACUAAUCAAGGUUACACAAAGUUUAUCAACAAAUCAAUUCCAUCCAUUUGACCAUUUCUGUAUCGUUAGCUUCAGGGCACAUGUAUCCAGUAAAUGUACAUACUUUCAUUCAAGUGGAGGACAGGCCCAGACUGGAGGUGGUGCCAUGUUACAACUAGAGCUGUGAUGUCUCAAAGGAUCAUUUCAAGUGAGGAUGGAAACACCACCAAUACAUUUCCCAUCUGAGAAACAUGGCUGUUACAAAGAACACGACGGCCGAGUCAGCUUCUUUCAUUGAAUUCAGAACUGAGAGCUCAGGAGCUCAGAGACAGCAAACAGUCAUGUUGGGAGGCUGUGCUCCAGCAUCCUGUGGACACUGGUACACUGGUUAGACUGGCAGCUCAUCAUUAAGAUGACUUUCCUUCAGGAAAACUUUCAGCCUCGAACUUCCUCGUUCUUUAACAGAAGCUCUGAAUGAGACUGUCCAACGAUCACUGGAUGACCUGUCGUCUUAGGUCUGUUUACAUUCAGUGGUUCUUGUAAAAACUGCUUUUUUAACGCUUUAAGCUGCGAAUUGCUUACAUCCAUGUUUACUGGCAUGAUGCUGUGUUUCUUAAUGUCAGUCAGCAGAAUAGUGUGAGACUAAAGGUGGUAAUCGCACUGUUCACAUCCUCAAGCAGACACACAAUAUAAACAAAACAGGCCCCAAAUCAUAAAAACAUGACUCAGCAGCGCCUCUAGUGGAGAAAAACUCCUUUAAAUGUUAGUAACUUAAAAUUUCAACAGGGAAAGAGAAACAGGGUGGGGAGGUGGAGAAGGUGGCAGCACUGGGAAUCCCAUAAAGAUUCCUGAUCGGGAGACGUCUGCCAGCUGACUACAGAACAGUCAGCCAGACUGCUCCUCGUUUCAGGUCGUACACACCUGAGACAAGGCGGUUUCUAUCAGGUAGACAACCUGUAACAGGCAGGUAUCUGGGACUGAGCUCAGGUUAUGAAUCAAAGCCUCCACCCGCUCACCACCAACUCUAUGUAGGAGGUGCUGCUCAAAAGUUCAGAAGUAGGUCCAGACAUCACAGUCAUUACUUUCUAAUUAAGCAGCAAGAUUUCCUCUCUGGAGUUGGCUGGUUAGAGCAAAUUAGCAAUUAAAGGUGGGAUACUGUGGCAACUAAAAAUAAACAAGGUUUUCCCAGCACCGCUGACACUGACCUUUAUAGAGUCAUGAGGCAUUUUUAGCACCACGGUGUUGGGAGUCUGGGUCAGACUGCCAGGCCUGAAGAAGAAAUGAUGUUCACCUGUUUGCUGGCCACCCUCAUCUCUGUAGUAAAGUCCCUGUUAUAUUCAGUUAUAUAGCGUUUCUAUGCCAUUUCUAGUCAGGUGUGCUACAGGACAGCUCAGGGUCCUGAUGCCGGUGAGCAGGGACCACGUGGAGCAGCCCAGGGUCCUCGUGCUGUUUGGUUCAGGGUUGUAUGUGCAGCAGAGUGUACGUUACGCUGCCUUCAUAAAUCAAUAAAAGGAUUUGUUUGUGAAGAAGUAAAUGGUGCAUAACACGUGUAGUGACUGUUCGUGUAAAAGAAUGUUGCAUUUAUCCUGCGUUUGUUCUGCUGAGAAGCAGUUUCUUUCACUGUGUCACUCCAGUCAAGCUAACGCUAGUCGGCUAGCGAUGCUAAUUCACAUGGAAUUGCAAAAGCGUGCGUAUGCCGAGUGCCAACUCAGCUAAGUUAUCAGCUGUUUCACUGUGUUUCAGUUGUACUGCGGCUGAGGGAUUUAUUUGAUUAAAUAAAGCAGUAAAAUUCUGUAUAA